AUGCGGGUCGUUGUGCCAUUGAUGGUGCGUCGGAGCCGGGUGUCAGCGGCCGUCGUGCGCCGCUGCUCGUGUUGUGCAUUGUGCAGCUCCAGCGUAUCUUCAUCACUGCAGCAGCAGCAGUCGUUCCGUCGCACAAGGCGUACAAACUACGCGGAUCGUGAGCGCGUACUUUCCUCGGGUGUGCUCAACGCCACAAGUACUGCGUCAGCCGGGGCGGGUCCCAGUGCGACCACUACAACUGUUGAGGCUGCUCCUGCUGUUCACACGGAGCGCCCAGCGCCCUCGCGACUCGACGAGGCGGCGCUGCGCAAGUCUGCACUUGUCCUCAAUGCGCUGGCGACGCCGGUGAUGGGCCGGCUGGUGUAUGGCUGCCUCAGCGCUAUGGCAUACGUGCGCUACGGCGUUGGGCGCGUGUCGUUCUACACGCGGCACAGCAAUGCGCCCCCACUGCCUGCUGCCGCCACCGUGACAGACGGCCGAGAGACGUCCACGGCGCUGCGGCAGCUCAUUGAGAUGGGCGCCUACGGUCAAGCAGCGGCGGCAACAGCGGCGGCAGAGCGAGGCGGCACGACCAGCAGCGGGAGCAACAGUGCCGGGGAAACGCCGCUCUUCCGCGGCCUGCUGCACGGUGUGACGCUGGACUGCGUGCGCGUUGGGCUGAGCAAGAUUCACAGCCGUGGCCUCGUGGCGUCGCGCGACAUUCCGCGAGGCACGCGCAUCAUCACGGAGCCGCAGCGCAGCUUCAUGGACGCGGCGAACUUUGUCCCGCUGCUCGCUGACACCCACACGCGCCUCCCCGACACGUGGCACUACACGCAGCCCUCCGGCGUGCUGCUGGAGCUCGUCACGCAGCCGCAGCCACAUCAUCUCAUGAACCACAGCUGUGACCCCAACGUGUGCGCCGGACUCUCGCGCGACUUCUGGCCCGCCGCCGCUGCUGCUGCUGCUGCUGGCAGCCGCGAACUGCUCGACCGCAUCGAGCACUUCCCGCACUUCGACGACCCCAACAGUUUCUUCACCACCCGCGACGUGCAGGCGGGGGAGGAGCUGACGCUCAGCUACGCUCACCGUGUGGCACCGCUCUUCCACGGCGAGGACCCGCUGCAGAAGUUCUUCGUGGUGUGCCGCUGCGGCUCCGGCGUGUGCCGCCACUUCGUCUACCGCCCGCCCGAGGCUGUCGCGCGCCACCUCGCCACACGCCCGAAGUGUAGCGACGCCAUAGAGGAGCUGGCGCAGCUGCUGCGGCUGGGCUUUGACGACGAGACGGUGAUGCUGUCGCUGCUGUCGUCGCGGGCGCCGCUGCUCGCGUACAUGCGCGCUCACCUUGCCGCGUCCCGUCGCACCACAACGAAGGGCGAGCUGCUGAUGUGCUACAGGCACGUGUUCAAGCUGCUCAACGAGGCGGCGCCGAGAGCGUGA